AUGGCUGGAGGAAAUAUCAGGCUAGUGUGCCCCCCUGGAGCUCUUGACGAUUCCUUGUCUGUAACCAUAACAUUAGAGGAUCCUUCUAAGUACUACAGUUUGAUAGUUCAAAAGGAUCUGGAAAAUGACGUUAUUAUUGCUGCCCCCAUCGUUAAUCUACAACCCAAUGGCCAUUCUUUUAGGAAACCUAUAAAGCUGACAACUAGUUUUAAAAACGUGAAUUGGAGAUGGCAUGGAGAUGAUGUUUUCAUUUUGCAUGGCACUGAAGCUAGAGAUGGAAAGGUCACCUGGCAAAACAUCACUAAGAGUUCAAAGAUUAAUGAGGCAGCCGGAGAAGUUGAGGUUGAACUGAAACAUUUCUCACUCAUUAUGGUUCUGUUACGUUGGACCUUGAUCCGUGGUAAAGACAUUCUGUCCAGAUUUGAUUUGCUGUCGUUUGAUUACACGCUACUGGUGCUGUUGAACAAGACGAGUCCCUCUUCUGCACACGACAUGCUUGCUCUACUUUUCGUGAGCCAAGACGUUUACCACGAACAAUUCUACAGAGAGGACGAGGCUUCAGCUUUGGUACAGCUUACGAAAGAUGGGUUUAUGGAGGUACAUGAACAUGCCACUGACAGACUGGAUGAAAAGCGAAUUUACAAUCAUGAAAACCUUCAAGUUAGUAUUCAACUCGGGAAAGACUACAAAUUCGCUGAUAGUCAGCACAGAAGUUUAAGUUUCAAUGUAGAUUCCUUUGUUUGGUGGAAUGGAGGGAAGGUAAUCAAACUUCCUCUGGAAUGGAGAAACGAAGUGAGAUAUCUCUGUGGGACAAUCAGCGUGAAUGGAGAAAAUGGGCAUGCGAUCAAGAAGCAUUUUAGUGAAGGAGGUAAAUUUGUUAGUCGCUGUAGUAUAACAGUAUAAUACAAUAGAUGGCGGCGGAGCUUAAAGGUACUCCUCAACUUGGUUUCGAUAGUUCACCUUUAAAACAUAUGCGAUCCUCGGGAACGAAGCAUGACUGUAUCGCAGGCUCAAGUGUACAACUCAUUGAGAUGACGUGUUUAUUAAAGUUAUUGACCAGUUAUUGGUUUUACAGUGCGACCAGGAAAACCGCGAACACUUGAAAUAUUUCAGGAAUUUUUAUUGUGUUACGACCAAUCACAGCAAAGAUCAGGACACGCGAGUUUAGUUUUCUCACGUCUGAUCGGCUUUUUUCGUGCAGAACAAUAACAUUCCAGAAAUAUUUCUGGUGUUCACGGUUUUCCGGUUUGAAGGUAGUUGAUCGCAGGCUCAAUUACUUCUGGUGUAUUAUACUAAUAGCACUAAAAAAGCCAUUUAAUAAAUGACUUAUUAACCUCGUCCGUUCGGCCAUUACAGGGUCAUCACUUGGCCUUGAUGUGCGUAUUGACCUCGCUAUUGCUUGGUCAAUAUAACAAGGCCUCGGUCUGAGAUGUCCCCGUAAUGACCUCACUCGCGCUUAACAAGUGGUUUGUUAUUUUUUCACAGAUCUGUGUAAUUAUGUAAGGAAGUUACUGGGCAUGGAGGGGAACAUCUUUAACGUCGUAACCAUUGCUAGGCAGCUUGAGAUGCCUGAAGAGGUACUGAAUCAAGUCACCAAAUCUUGGGAGGACGACGGCGGGCAGUUGAACCUUACUUUGCAACACUGGUCGGAGAAGACUGGUGGAGUAGAAAAUCUUUCUUCUCUCAGAAAGUGUCUGGAGGACAUAAAUCAAGAAGGUCAGUGGUGUUUCAAACGGACUCACCACGCGAUGGCUGUUUUUCUAAAGAGAUUUAAAGAACAAUUAUUCACCGAAGUGGAGGUGGCUAGUAGUGGAAAUUUAGCUAGGCCGCCAAGUGGCGAGGUAAAUAUCCACUACUAGCCACCGACACCGAGGUGAAUAAUUGUUUUAGUAUAUACUAAAACAGUGAGAUAAUUGAGCACAAAAAUGAUGAUUUUUAAGUCAUUUACUGUAGCCAACGUUUACAAUUUUGGCGCGCGAUGACCGAACGGCCGCGGUCGUCGCUUUUUCUUGGCGACAAACAAAACUUUUGAAGGCGUUUGUUUAGCUCUUGCGGGGAAGUUUCUUCAAAAGGAGUUGUGAAUUCUUUUUGUAUUUAAAAUCAUUCUGUAAAAAAAAUUAUUAAAUUUAGUCUUAAGCUUAUUUAUAAAGAAGUCAACUAAAUAACGCAAAGACUUAAGCUUAAUUUGCAUUUGUAAACAAAAAACUUUUUCUCCGGUUUUAUCGAUAAAUUCAAGUCCAAAAGACAAAGCUUUACCUGUUAAAACUUCCAAACCGAACUUCGUGACCUUCUUCAUGUAUUUUGGGAAUAGCUUGAUUGAUUAGUUGUGAAAGUUCUUAGUUUGUUAUGGCAGCAAACCGGGAAGGCAUUUUGCUCGCAACUUACGCGAGUUUGGCGUCGCUCUCGCGGAGGAACUGGAGGUGAAUCAGUGAAUAGUGCAGGAUAUUCACUGAUUGAGUAGCCAAUCAGAACGCGCGAAAAACACUAUCCACUGUUUUAGUAUAUACUAAAGUUUGUUACUUAGUUUGAUAGGAUCAGUGUCGCGAAAUUUAUCAAAAUUCAGGCAGUUGAAACCGCCACGAAACUGAGUGAAACGUAAAAAUAAGUGCUCAAGACAUGAAACGAAGGUAUAAAUAACACGGCAAAUACAAAAGAAGGAACGGAUGGAGAAACGUAAAAAAAAUUGAAACGGAUGGAAAUUGUGGGUUUGAAAACUUGUUAGCCUGAUAGUUUUUCAAAGUUUAUUUUUGUUAUUUGUAAUAAUGUAAUGCUCGGAGACAUAUUUGUUUGACAGUAGCUGUGAUUUUGUCAUUGACAAUUUAUUUCUCAAGUUUCUAUAGCGAAUAUGGUUGCGUAACUGGCAUUAAUUAUGAACAAAAUGAACUUGACAAAAGGGUUACUUAAAGGAGCUGGUUACUUAAAAGACGUUCCUGUUUCCUUUUUGGAUAUAAAUUUCAAAAAGGCGCCCAGUACUUAGUAGACCUUGAGGAAAUGGAAUUCUGAUUUUUUUCUGUGAUAUAUUUCUUUCAUACCCACCAGAAUACAGAGUAUCACCAAGAGGCAAGAUGCACAUCAGGCGCUUGAGAAAACUUGCCACGAAGAUAACCGGCUUACAACGCGAUAACACAGAUUUAGUGAGGAAUAUUUCACGUAAAGCUACAAUUCUUUGCAAUUCUGUGUUGAGAGACUGUUGCCUGGAGUUGAACCAGGAUGAAGCCUUUUCAUCUUCUAAUGAUGCAGAUUCUUUCGUCAAACAAUUCAUCGAGAAUCGUCAACCAAUGCUGGAAUAUAUUUCUACAAAAUAUAAACUGGUGUGUUCACCGUCAGAUGAAUCGAGGACCAGCAUUUUUCUUGCCAUUGUUCCUCAUCUCAUUCAAACCAUCAAGGAAAUCUUUGUUGACCAUAAGAAGCUUGUGCCUCAUAGUGGCUUGACUGGACUUCAUGAGGAAAACGUAGAUCAAUUUUUGACAAGCGUUUUGAAUGCUCGACAAAGCAACAGAUUCCGGGAUCUUGUGUAUGUGGAGUGCCAAAUUCUGGAGAAGUUGUGCAUGAAGAAUCACAGCAAGAAGCCCGUUGCAGAGAUUACAAAGUGGAGCAAAAGUCUUGCCAUUGAGCAAAUGCUCAACUUUCUAGAGCAGUUCUUCAAGCAUUGCCUGCACGACAUAAGGUUACACAAACGAUUAGAACUUUUUUCUUGCAGCCUACGAGACACGUUGUUGACCGACGACAAGGAAGUAGAUGAAGAUUUCAGGCAAGAUUUUGCCAACGUUUUAUUAAGUCUCGUUGACUUUUCCAAGUUUCAUCCUUCAAAACUGGUGAGAUUUCAGCUGGUUGACUCAAAAAGCUCCACAUUGUCCAGUACCUCGUCUGAUGUUGAGAACCUGGUGCACAACGAGUAUGACGACACAUAUUCUCAAACGUUCAGCAUCAAGAAAGUAUCGGAGGACGAGCUUCAACUGGGUGCGGCUGCAUGUGUGCACAUUGAUGGAUCAAUUUGCAAGAAAGGGGCAUUCCAGUCAGUCAUUAUGUUGAAUCGAUCCGGCAUGGAUGCAUUUAACAGAUGCAUGAGUCGCUUCGCUCCAGCUGACAUUGCGGUAGUGAAAAUGGAAGCUGAAAACAAGCAUUCGGGAAAUCUUCAAAUAGUUCUUUAUGCUUCACAAAAGGAGAAGCUAUCAGAAUUGAUACAGAUCUUCAAACAAGAACUGAGCGAAGACAUGGUGGACUUGAGGCAGUCUGAGGUCUCUCAGUGCUACCUUUUAAUGCGAUGUAUUGACUUCACGAAAGAAAAGGUCCUAAGACUCCGUCUAAAGUACAAAUGGGGUUCGGAAGCUGUUGCUCUGGACAGUAACGACUUUGUGACCUUUGCCGAUUGCUCAGCUGGCGGGGCCUGUUUACCAAAAGUAACAAGUUUUGAUGGUAAGUUUGAUUCAUUGUUUAUUGUUUGUGUCUGUCUGUUUAUCCCACCCUAAGUUCAAUAAAUUCUUUGCUUUGCUGCGUCCAACGGUCAAUUUUUAAACAAAUUUUCGAUACUAUUAUACAAUGUAAUCAGUGUCUCUCUGUCUUACUGGCUUGGGGCCUACAGUUAAUUCUCAAUAUCAGUGCAGCCUUAAGAUAAUUCAGUUAUCCACUACUACAUAACUGAAUAAUGUUAUAACCAAUAAUACCAAGUACACGUUUGGCAAGUGGCACUUAAUAUUACACGAAUUCUCAUCUAACUUGUGAUGAAAAAAUUUCUUUCACUCAGGUUUGGACAACUCACUCAUGACUGGAGAUUUAGAAGCGCUCUCACUGACUUCUGGUUGUUGGAAAUUUCCCUUGACUUCUUUUGAUCAGUUACAGAAACACGGCAGUGCGCAGUCCGGGAAAAUCGGUAACGAAAAAUUGCUCUACUUUAGUUCUGUAGAUUUCCUCAUAACUGUAAAACAAACGGUGAACGUCUAUAGUACUAAGUUCAGAGUACAGUUGAACCUUUUUCAGGGGACACCCUCGGGACCAAGACAAGUGUCCUCUGAAUAGAGGUGUCCAAUGUUCCCUGAACUUAGUACUAAAAGACGUUCGUUUUAGAGUUAUGGGUUGGGUUUGUUAAUAAUGAAGCAACAAAUAAAAUAUUUUUCCUUUAUUCUGCCUCGGAAUCUACUGCAGUAGUUAUUUCAAGCGGCUAUAUAAUGAUAUUUAUUAUUCAUUCAAAAUAUUUCCCCGAUUCUGAUUGGCUAAAAGCACACGCAUAAUUCACUAUAACCAGCUACUGAUGACCAAAUUUGGAAGAAUUUUGCGUUUAUUGAACCGAUGACGUCAAAAGUGCAGUCUUCUUGCAGGUUAAUGCACCGUUAACCGAGAAGACCCGUGGACGAGGUUGAGUUGUUUUGGUUGUGAAAAACAAAAAUGGGGGACAUUUCACUCGUUUCAAGAGUAAGAACUAGGCGAAAUAUUAGCUAAAUACAUGGCAAGAACAGCAAGAAGACAACUCGAAGGACGGCAUCUGCUAUUCGGAGAAUAUUUGCGGAGCUGAACAACCCUAAACGUGCACUAUCGAAGAUGAACCUAACAUCGAUAGAGGUAAGCAUGUUUUAGCUAGGUUUUUAAACUAGGAAUUAUUUUGAAUGAAUAAUAAAACAAUUAUUGAAUUCCGCUUUCGUGUCAUAUGAAGAAUUUUGGAGAUCUCGGAGGGUGUUAUCCGCCUCGGCCUACGGCCUCGACGGAUAACACCCUCCUCGAUUUCCAUAAUUCUUCAUAAGAUACUCAGCCUCAUUCAUUAAUUGUUAAUUAAAAAUCGUGAUUAACGAUGUUGUGUGUUGAGUUCCCAAAGGUGCAGUACAUCGAUUUGAGUGAGAUAAUUCAUGUUUUGAAAGCUCUCACCAUUGUGACUAAUGAACACUUAACUGACUUAUCAACGAUUUGUGUGGUCAGUCACUUUUUAAAUGCUAUAAUGUGUCCCCUGAAUGGAGGUUAAACCCGCAUUUAGGACCCAGAAAAAGUGUCCCAUUCCUAAGAAAUUUGAUCAUGCUUUGGAAGUUUAUUUUCUCGAGCUCCCAUGAGACGCUUUUCUUUGGAGUUAUCAGUUUCAUUUAACUUAUUACAUUUAUAGCCCUAGAAUAGUAUAAAAAAGAAUGCAAUAUGCGUGAAAUUAUUCUGGUACAAGGUUUUCGUCCACUAAUAAUUAUCGUUACUCAAUUUCCCAAUGGAUUCCGUCUUAAACUUUAGGGAGAAAUGUAUAGAUCAUUUCAGAGAGAUCCUGACGGCAUGCCCUCCUCCACCUUUAGUCUUCCUACAAGUACUUUUUUCUCAUCAGCUGGUAAAAAGUUAUAGUAGUUUCUUACAACGUGAGGAUGUAUUCCCGUCAGACGAAUGAAAAAAGGUGUUUGCUUCGUAAUAAAAAGUUUCAGUUGCGUGGGGUAUCACAAAGAGUUUUAUCAGUUUCGAAAUUAAUGAUUUCUAGAAGAUAGUGGAAUUUAUGUGAAAUAUUUUAUGAAUCUUGUUUCAGAGUAUCACUUCCACCAGACAAUUAACCAAGUGACAAGCCCGCACACCUGUGUGAUAGGCAACCAAGCGACUGUGAAUGAUCAGAUGCCAAGCCAAAGGUAAAUAUCACCUGGAACUAAAUACAAAGGUAGUAGUCAGCAGUAUUCUGAUACCCUUUUUGUCAGUAUGAGCUGUAAUAAACGAUUAAACGCGUGGCGCUUAUGUAACCAACUUGAGUUGCCUAUGAUUGCAAAGAGUAUCUCUGCUUUUUGCCGAAUUGACACUUAAAGACGAAUCAUGCGACAGAUGCCGCGCAAGAUUCAGGAUUUACCCCUGGGACCGGCAAUAUUACUCCAAAUUGAAUUUCUCCCUUAGCCUUAAUACCGUCAAUACUACAUUUUAAGAACAGGCUAAUUGAUGAUCAGAGUUAGUAUCGACCAGCUAUUUAGCUCAUGGAUCAUUGUCAAGACAUCCUCGGUAUUUCCUUUCCUCUCCUUUUUCUUUCUAAUAGAUCAUUCUUGUGUAUUUGGACUUAACGUUUUUCUUACCAUCGGUUAUGUUUUGCCAAAUGUUGAUGCAUGUAUUUUUUUAAAAGGAAGUCACUGCCAUUCUCGUUGACCAAUGGUUUGAUCUCUUUUACUUCAGUUUUACUGUACUAGGGGCGUUAACCGCUCAGUUAAAUUACGCUUAAAUGCACUGAGUGAGCCCUUUAGCCAAACAAAAUGACGCUUGCAAUUGGUUUCGGUUAUUCUUCCCCGGUACAUUAACAUUUUGUCAUGAAUUAUUUCUUGCCUUUGCCCUCGUUUCACUGUCGCGGGGCGCGACUGAAGGCAGCGUCUGCUGUCAUUAGAGACUAGACGUUGGCGAACCAGAUAAAGGGGUGUCUUCGUAUCAAAUAUAGGCCCCUAAGAGUGGCAGGGUCUUGCUAAAAGUUACCAUAACCGCGAUCAAAAGUGACAAAUUUACAAAAGCUUAGAAAAGUACUUUAAAACUGAGGUUGUAAAUUGUAAUUCGCUGCUAAUUUACUAAACUUUUUGAGGGUUUCCUCGAAACGAUCAAAGUGUGUGAAAACUGAUCUGGCUUUUCUGUUGGUCAACACGUCACAAUUUUACUUCGGCAAGAAGCGUUUUCAACGAAAACAAGCUCAUUGUGUUGAGAAAAUUGCAAGGAUGGUUAAGGUCUCGGUAAAGGAAAACGAGGUGCCCACAGAAAAAAAUUCUAGUCGCGCGAGUAUUUUCGCUACAAAGGCAAGUUAUAUAUCAAAUUAAACCUAAAAGACUAAAUUACCUUAUAAAAGAUUUUAUUUCAUCGAAUUUCAAAAGGCGCGUAAGUUUUUUGCUCUCGAACUCAGAGGUAUCGAGUUUACUGCUGAAGCUCUAGCCCUUUCGCGUUGUUAAAUAUUCACUUCCUUUUUAUUGCAUCUGAUUGACAGAUAAAAGACCUAAAAAAGGGUGUGAGGAAAUUUGCAUAUGUCUCGUAUUAGCGGAAUUAUUGCAUUUCAAACUAAAAAGUCGAAUCUCGAGCGCGAUUUACGCAAAGAAAUUGACAUAAAAUGAGUUACAAAGGUAAAUCGGAAAAUUCCUCACACCCUUUUUUAGGUCUUUUAUCUGUCAAUCAGAUGCAAUAAAAAGGAAGUGAAUAUUUAACAACGCGAAAGGGCUGGAGUUUCAGCAGUAAACUCCAUACCUCUGAGUUCGAGAGCAAAAAACUUAAGCGCCUUUUGAAAUUCGAUGAAAUAAAAUCUUUUAUAAGGUAAUUUAGUCUUUUAGCUUUAAUUUGAUAUAUAACUUGCCUUUGUAGCGAAAAUACUCGCGCAACUAGUAUUUUUUCUGCGGCACCUCGUUUUCCUUUACCGAGACCUUAAAUCAACUCAUUUUUUUAGACAUUCUUGGAUGCGCUUGUUUUAACCUAGUGUUAAACAAAAUCCCAAUGAAAAAGAAAAGCGCCUUGGACCUUUGACCGCGGUGGAUACCAUACUUGGAUGGGAACGGACACUGAAAAAAGCGAACUUAAACUUGGAAACGUUGGACCGAAGUCAACUUUAACAGAGUUCUGUGAGAUAAAUCGCUGAAACCCUAUCUGUAACGGUUUGUUCAAAGAUUGGUGGACGAAUUUUUUUAAUACUUCUCCUUGUUGUUUUAAGGUGAAUGUCAUAUAGUGAAUCAAAAUUCUAGCGUAAUUUACACGAAAACCUGGAAAGGGUACUCAUAGAUCGCUAUUUUUAGUUUGACUAGCGUUUUGUCUUGUAUCUUCUGUUUGUCUUUAGAGCCCUCCCGGAGGGUUUGAACUACUCUCCUAAGAGAUCCAUUACUGAAGGAAGGAGAUCCUUACCAGAAGCAGAAGAUUCUAAAGAUAGAUCAUGA